UAUUAUUACAUUUAUUUUCAUCACUUCAACAAACAUAAAAAAAAUAUUCUUGUUACAUAAUUGUUAUAGUUCUUAGCUCGCCCUCUUAACAAUGGCCUCCUCAACAAUGGCACUUUCUUCCCCUUCUUUGGCCGGGCAGGCAGUUAAACUUAGCUCCGCCUCUGAAAACAUCCUAGGUGGGGGAAGGAUCACCAUGAGGAAAACUGCAGGAAAGCCCAAAAAUGUUUCAUCAGGAAGCCCAUGGUACGGCCCAGACCGUGUUAAGUAUUUGGGCCCAUUCUCUGGUGAGGCCCCAUCAUACCUCACUGGUGAAUUUCCUGGAGACUAUGGUUGGGACACAGCGGGCCUUUCCGCUGACCCAGAGACCUUUGCUAAGAACCGUGAGCUUGAGGUGAUCCACUGCAGAUGGGCCAUGUUGGGUGCUUUGGGCUGUGUUUUCCCCGAGCUCUUGGCCCGUAACGGAGUUAAGUUCGGCGAGGCCGUUUGGUUCAAGGCUGGGUCACAAAUCUUUAGUGAGGGCGGGCUUGACUACUUGGGUAACCCAAGUUUGAUCCAUGCCCAAAGUAUUUUGGCUAUUUGGGCCUGCCAAGUUAUCUUGAUGGGUGCCGUUGAGGGUUACCGUGUUGCCGGUGGUCCACUUGGUGAAGUAGUCGACCCACUUUACCCCGGGGGUAGCUUUGACCCAUUGGGCUUGGCUGAUGACCCAGAGGCCUUCGCCGAGUUGAAGGUUAAGGAGAUUAAGAAUGGUAGGUUGGCUAUGUUCUCUAUGUUCGGAUUCUUUGUUCAAGCUAUUGUUACCGGAAAGGGCCCAUUGGAGAACCUUGCUGACCACCUUUCCGACCCGGUUAACAACAAUGCUUGGUCCUACGCCACCAACUUCGUUCCCGGCAAGUGAAGUAAUUUAGUAUGAAUUUAGUGCAAAUGAAUCAAAGGUGUAACAAUUUGAGCUUUGUAUGCUUCAAUGUACAUGUGUUUUGAUUGUUGAAUGAAUGUUCAAAAUGCGAAUUUUGUGUGCUUCUAAUGUGACACAUUGUUGAAAUA